AUGCCGACACCAGCAAACCUACCCUCGACAAUUUCCAAGUCUCUUAAUGCCGACAUGAAACAGUUGACAAAUUCUGUUCUUCCAGGCCUUGAAUCGAUGUUUGCAGAAUCAACACGAUACGUCGAGCAACGAGCUGCGCGGUCUAUCUACCCGGCGUUCGUGAAGCAUCAGCUUGCCAUCUCCACCUCGGCAGCUUUGUCUGGCACUCGCGGCUUCAAGUAUCCUGGUCUUGCCGAGGCGUUUUGCCUCACUGAUGCACUUAGUCCAGAUUACCCUAUUAUUGCUGCAUCGGAUGCGUUUGUUUCUGUCACAGGGUACCCAAGAACCGAGGCUCUAUCAAGCAACUGCCGGUUUUUACAAGGGUCGCUCACAGACCAGGACACCGUCAAACGCAUCCGGGAUACCGUCGCACGAGAAGAGGAGUCUUUGGAGCUCGUCCUGAACUACCGCCGAGACGGUAUACCAUAUUGGAACCUCUUAUUUACCUGCCCCCUUGUGGACUCCUCCGGAAAGCUACGAUACUACCUCGGCGGGCAAAUCAACGUUUCGGAAAACGUUGGCGGAUGCAAAGACCUUCUCCGGAUUCUCAACUUUGGGCCGGCACUAGAGGAGGUGAAGGAAGAGACCUCGGGUCGGGAGUCCCGAGCCAGUCGCCGAAUGAGCCGUACGAGCAGCCGAGACAGGAAACAGGAGCGGCGGACAAGUCUCCGCAAUCGGGAUAGUCUACACAACAAAGGGCCCAAGAAAAGCCUCUUCCAGCCAUUCCGAAAGCAUGCAACGCACAACAGCAACAAUCAGGAGAACACGUUACCGUCGCAAGGCGUUGGGCUUGGCUUGGAGCAGUUGCUAACGGCUUCGAGCUCAGAGGAGCAGUUUUCGGUCCCCACUCAGGUGAACUCUGUUUACUCUGGCUAUAGCCGUUUUAUUGUUUUGCAGAACACCGACGGACCUUCAGCGUUUCCGCCAAGGUCGUCGUCUUUGCCCGUCGACCCAAACAAAAGGAAGGCUGCUCAGCUGAGCGUCGCCUUUUGUUCGGCCGCAGCGCUGGAGGCUCUUGGCCUCGGUCUUUUUGCCGACAGUAUUACGCACCGAGACAUUUUCACCGUCUUCUCCGACCUGGCAGACUCACCGUCGAUUACCAAGAGCUUCAAAAAUACGGUACGCGAACGGGUUCUCCGGAAUGGGAAGACGGCCACGCUGGACAUUAUGCUGGGUGGCGGCUAUCUUGCGCGAAAGGGUAGUCUCAUUGGCCUUGGCGGACGAUCUUCAAAGGACGAGUCGGACGGCAGCUCGAGGAAACAUGGUCGGCCGGUCAGUAGGUCGGGUUUUGCCAGUCUGGUGAGCGAGGCGGGCAAGAUGGAGAAACUCACCAGCCAGUGGACCCCCUUGAAGAACGCGGAAGAGAAGGUUGAGUGGGUAGUGGUCAUCAUCACUCCGAUGAAGUAA